AUGACGAACGUUGACACGUCAAUCGGCGCUCACACCACCGGUGCCGCAGCGCGGUUCGCUGCCGAGCACUCGGAAGAGCACCCGUUGAAGCUCUACGGAGGCUGGUUCUGCCCCUUUGUGCAGCGAUCAUGGAUAGUACUCCACGAGAAGCAGAUCCCACACCAGUACAUCGAGAUCAACCCUUACAAGAAGGAUCUUGAAUUUCUUAAGAUGAACCCUCGAGGCCUAAUCCCGACCCUGGCCGUCCCUGUGGAUGUAAAGGGGAACGACCAACGGCCACUAUACGACAGUACAGUAGUUUCCGAGUAUCUCAACGAGGCCUAUGCAGGCAACAACUACGGCCCGCAUCUUCUUCCGGAGACACCGUACGAUCGCGCGAGGUGCAGGCUGUGGAUAGACCACAUUAACUCACGCAUCAUACCGGGUUUCUACAAGUUCAUCCAGCAUACACCUGAAAAAGAGUACAGCAUCGAGCAGGCUCGAGAAGAGUUCCUAGGCAACAUAAAAACGUUCACCAAGGAAAUGGCUCCUGAGGGGCCUUGGUUUCUUGGUCAGACGUUCAGUCUAGUUGAUGUCAUGCUUGCCCCAUGGGCGAUGCGUUUAUUCCUCUUUGAUCACUACAAGCCGGGCGGUCUUGGACUUCCAACUGAAGGACAGAGUGAGGAUGACAAUAGGAUCUGGCAGAGGUGGAGGCAAUGGUACGAUGCUAUCCAAGAAAGACAGAGUGUGAAAGACACACUCAGCGAUAGCGAUUCCUACAUCGAGGUGUACAAGCGGUACGCUGAGGACAAGACAAACUCGGAGGUAGGGCAGGCAACGAGAGGUGGGAAGAACCUGCCCUAA